GUGCUGCUGGUGCUGGAGGUGCUGCUGCUGGCGGUGCUGCUGGUGCUGCUGGAGGUGCUGCUGGUGCUGGUGCUGCUGGAGCUGCUGGAGGUGCUGCUUCUACUGGAGGUGCUGCUGGUGCUGCUGACGCUGCUGGAGGUGCUGCUGGUGCUGGUGGUGCUGCUGGUGCUGCUGGAGCUGCUGGAGGUACUGCUACUACUGGAGGUGCUGCUGGUGCUGCUGGAGCUGCUGGAGGUGCUGCUGCUGCUGGCGGUGCUGCUGGCGCUACUGGAGGUCCUAGGGGUGCUCGUACUGGAGGUACUGGAGCUGCUGGGACUAAGCCUGCUGAGGGGGUUGUUGCUGGAGGUGCUGAGCGGCCGCGGCCGUACUACGUUCCGCUCCUUCAGCAGCGUGUCCCUCUGCCGUCUCCUCCUGCGUCCUCUCUUCCUGCUCUUGCUGACCCGGAGUCUGACUCUCUUCGUGCUGCCAGUCCUACUGUCACGCGUCUCCUUGCCACUGUUGUCACUGACCCUUCCUUCGAGUCCUCUGCUGCGUCUGCUCUAGUCGCUGAGCUUGUUGACUUUGCUGCCGCCUGUCGUCUAGACUACGCCGCUAGCCUUGUUGCUGAGUCUGAGUCUGUCUGUCCUCCGUCCGUCGGGGGUGAGUGUGCUCUUGGCACGAACGUCCUUGAGGACAGACAGGAGGAGUUUGAGUGCUUUGCCGCUGCUUUGCCUCAUCUCGUGUCCAUGCUAGUUGCCCCUGAGGGAGACCCGGAUGCACCAGACAUCCCGACCCCACGCUCCUACGCAGAGGCGAUGGAGGGUCUCUACUCCUCUCAGUGGCAGACAGCCAUGGACGCAGAGAUGGCUUCCUGGAAAUCCACAGGCACCUACGUCGACGAGGUUCCCCCACCUGGGGCGAACAUCGUCAGUGGCAUGUGGAUUUUCAGGGGCAGCCUGCACGAGGAGAUCUGGCUGCGCCGCCCACCUGGCUUCACUGGGUCGUUCCCUCCUGGUACCCAGUGGAGCCUCCGGCGGCCAGUCUACUGUCUCCGCCAGGCACCCCGUGAGUGGGACGACACACUGAGGACUACGCUUGCGGCUCUUGGGUUUGCUCCUUCUACUGCUGACCCGUCGCUGUUUCUACGCACCGACACCACUCUGCCGCCGUUCUACGUUCUCGUGUACGUCGACGACUUGGUUUUUGCUACUGCUGACACUGAGGCACUCGCCCACGUGAAGUCGGAGCUGCAGAAGAGACACACGUGCACAGACCUGGGUGAGAGCACAGCGCACCAUCACCUUGACUCAGUCACACAUGGUGCAGCAGGUCCUUCAGCGCUUCGGCUUCACGUACUCCUCACCUCAGCCCACUCCUCUGCCUACCGCUCCAGUUGUGAGGCUGAGAUCUACGCCACAGCCAUGGCGGCCCAGGAGCUACGCUGGCUCACCUACCUGCUGACCGACCUCGGAGAGCGGCCUCGUUCUCCUCCAGUGCUGUACGUCGACAACAAGGCAGCCAUUGCCUUGUGUGAGGAGCACAGACUGGAGCACAGAACGAAGCACAUCGCUCUGCGCUACUUCCUAGCGCGAGAGCUGCAGCAGAGGGGUCAGCUUCGUCUCUCGUACGUGGCCACUCGGGCCAACACUGCUGAUGUGUUCACCAAGGCACUUCAGCCUUGUGAUCAUCAGCGUUUCUGUACUAUUCUAGGCCUUGUGCCUACUCUCCCUCACUUGCUCACUUCUUGA